AUGCUCACAAGGGCAUUAGCCAAAUAGAUGCGUCUAGGAUUCUCCGCUGCUAAGAAGCAAGCAGAGACAGGCAAAGCAGCAACUGCAACUACAGGAUAAAUUGCUUAAGUCAUCGGUGCUGUCGUCGACGUUCAGUUUGAUGGCCCACUUCCUCCAAUCUUGAAUGCAUUGUAAGUUUAAGGGACAAGUCAUAAAUUGAUCUUGGAAGUGGCUUAACACUUGGGUGAUAGCAGAGUUAGAACAAUUGCUAUGGAUUCCACUGAAGGAUUGAUUCGUGGUUAACCAGUUUCAGACUUGGGAGGUCCUAUUACAAUUCCAGUUGGUCCAGAGACUUUGGGACGUAUUAUGAAUGUGAUUGGUGAUCCAAUUGACGAGAGAGGCCCAAUUGAAACAAAAAUCAGAUAUCCAAUUCACAGAGAAGCUCCAAGUUUUGUCGAUCAAGGUAGUGGUGCUGAAAUUUUGAUCACUGGUAUCAAAGUGGUCGAUUUGUUGGCUCCAUAUGCAAGAGGAGGAAAGAUUGGAUUGUUCGGAGGUGCUGGAGUCGGAAAGACAGUGCUUAUUUAAGAAUUGAUUAAUAAUGUUGCUAAAGCCCAUGGUGGUUAUUCAGUAUUUGCAGGAGUAGGGGAAAGAACAAGAGAAGGAAACGAUCUUUAUCAUGAAAUGGUUGCAUCUGGCGUUAUCAAUUUGAGCGGUGGAUCAAGAUGUGCUCUUAUUUAUGGAUAAAUGAACGAACCCCCCGGUGCCAGAGCCAGAGUUGGUUUGACUGGUUUGACAGUUGCAGAAUAUUUCAGAGACGAGGAAGGAAAGGAUGUGUUGCUCUUUAUUGACAACAUUUUCAGAUUCACAUAAGCAUGUUCAGAAGUGUCAGCCUUAUUGGGACGUAUCCCAUCAGCUGUCGGUUAUCAACCAACAUUGGCAACAGAUUUAGGUCAAUUGUAAGAACGUAUCACAACAACCAAGAAGGGAUCCAUCACAUCAGUCUAAGCUAUUUAUGUACCUGCAGAUGAUCUUACAGAUCCAGCACCUGCCACAACAUUUGCUCACUUGGAUGCCACCACUGUGUUGUCAAGAGCAUUGACUGAAUUGGGUAUCUAUCCAGCUGUCGAUCCAUUGGAUUCUUCAUCACGUAUGAUGGACCCAAACAUUGUUGGUGAAAAACAUUAUACAGUCACAAGAGGAGUUUAAAAAUUGUUAUAAGAUUACAAAUCACUUCAAGAUAUCAUUGCCAUCUUGGGUAUGGAUGAAUUGUCUGAAGAUGAUAAACUCACAGUCGCCAGAGCCAGAAAAGUAUAAAGAUUCCUUUCAUAACCAUUCUUCAUGUCUGAAGUCUUCUCAGGAAGAAAGGGUAAAUUCGUAUCACUCAACGACACCAUUUCUGGAUUUAGAGCUUUACUUGAUGGUGAAGGUGAUGAAUACCCAGAAAAUGCAUUCUAUAUGCAAGGAACAUUUGAAGAUGUCAUUGAAGAGGCUAAAAGAGUUGCUGCAGAAACCACCAAAUGAAAAAAUAAUAUAUACAUUAUAACAAUUACAAUAUUUUGUUUCCA